AUCUUAUCUCGUCACUUAUUUGUACAUUUACGCCAUUCUUAGUACUGAUAAAAGUCGACUAAUAUUUACAACCUUCGUUGAAUCAUUGCUAAAAUCACUGAAAACCUGAGCGUAUCCGAGUAAUUUCGAAUGAAAAACCACGAGAAUGUAUCGCGUCGCGUUUUUCCUCACCAUUUCCGCGCUUCUUCGCUUUUCUUUCGGCGAUUACCCGUGCACUAAUUACGUGGAUAUAACGGACGGCAGGCGAUCGGGCGACGAUAUAAUUAAAGAUGGAGUGACUUAUAGAAAAAAUGAUUCUUUCUCGGUGGGUGCGUCGGUGAAGGGGUGCAUUUGCAACGUCUUGCAGUGCGUUAGAAAGUGCUGUGAUCACGGGGAGACCAUGGACUUGAAUUUGAGAAAGUGCGUUUCAUCUAACAAGCCUUUGAGGAAUUUCUCGCUCUUCCAUAUCAUCGUCGUGCCGGAGAACGAGAUUUGCGAUGAUGUCCAGACCAAGGUGAUAUUGGAUCGGGAUUUUACGGUGAUUGACGGGAUGCUGGUUUGGGAGGAUAUCGCUUUCGCUUUGGAGGAUUAUUGCCUGACCAUGGAGGACGAUCAGUAUUAUGCAAUCGCAUGCUUAGAAGAAGAUUCGGGCGCUACUAGAUAUUUUUAUUCUUUAGCUAUUUCUAACGAACUUCCGCCGACAAUGAUCCUGCGGAUUCUCACGUUGCUAAGCAUAUCUGUGAAAGUGCUGUCGGUCGAGUUAGAUUUGUGCAAUACCGAGGGCACCACGCCGUACGCCAAUUACACCGAGGAAGCCACGCAAACGUGCCGAUGCACCGAAGCCAGACGAUGCAUCAGGAAGUGCUGCCAGCUGGGCUACAGCCUCCACCACGUCGAAGACGCCGCCCGCGGGAUAUACGAAUCCACCAACCUGUGCUACAAACGGGAGAACUUCACCCACAACUUCACCGUUCCGGUUUACUCCAACUACACGAAAUUGAGGGAAGAAAGCACCUUCUUGGUGGGCAUGCUGACUUGCAACCGAGACGAGGCGUUGCGAUACUUCAAACUCAACGAUAAAGAUCCCAACGAGAAGUAUUAUUUGCAAGGCAACGGCUCGCUGUUUUAUCCGCACUCGAAGAGGAAAUUUUACUUGAACGAUCGGUAUUGUGUGGACGAAAAGGACGGUUUGUCCGUCUAUUUGUGCUUCACGCAGAAAGACAGACGGAACACCUUGAGGCAAUUCAAUUCGAUAGGUAAACUGGAACAAAACAUGUCGAUCGCAACGAAUGUUCUUCUAUUGACAUUGUGCCUCCUGGAACCCGUUAAAUACGCGACGCCUUUGGAUUUGUGCGAUCUAAGUGGCACCGCCGUUUACGCGAAUUACACCAGCGACGUGACGUCGAGCUGCGGUUGCGGCGACGGGACGAAAUGCCUGAGGAAAUGCUGCCAGCUCGGGUUCUACCUCCACCACGACGAAUACCCCAUCGACAACCGCAUCGUGGAGGAAACCGUUUGCGUUAGAAACGCCUCGGCCCCGUUGGAUUUCAAAGUGCCCGUCUACAGGAAGCGCCACUUCAAGCGGUACCAGGACGACGGGUUCAUGGUGGGUUUGCUGCCGUGCAACAAGGGGCAGCGUUGGAAGUUCUUCCAGAUCAACAGCAGCGAUCCGAGGGAGGAGGUGUUCGUGCAGGAGGACGGGGUGCUGUACUAUCCGCGGUCCAAGCGGCGAUUUUACGCCAACGAUAGGUUUUGUGUGGACGAAAGGGACGGGUUCUCGGUGUUUUUGUGCUACAGUUCGAAGCACCAAGAGGUGGUCACUGUUUGGAAGGUAUCAGUUGCUGGAAUCAAUGAGGGAUUGUUCGAUGAUUGCGAUCGAAGGGACGCCUGUGUGAGGAGGUGCUGCGAGGCAGGUUUCGUGUUGAAAAACAAGACUUGCGUGGGAAACGGUUCGAACGGUACUUUCGUUGUAAGGAUUUACACGAACGAAAAGUUGCUGGGACUUCUGGACGAUCGGGCAGUGUAUAAGACAGGACCUUUGCAAUGCGCCGCCUUUCGGCUCAAUUCCAAAGGAUCCAAUUACGCGUACUAUUUGCAAGCGAACGGGGACUUGUGGGUGCCGGUUUAUGGAAUCGUCUACUCCAACGAUCGGUAUUGCAUGGACGAAAGUGGAAAUUUGUCGGUUUUUCUUUGCAACGGCGCAACGAAAGUGAGCCGAGUGGUUAGCGUCGCCGGUAUGAUCAUUUCUACGCCGUUUCUGCUGAUUACCUUCAUCGUGUACUUCGUGCUACCCGAAAGAAACAUACACAGAAGAGCUCUUAUGUCCUACGUGUUUACAUUGCUAAUAGCCUACAUAACAUUGGUUACAAUUCAACUUUAUACAGGGCAAUUUCCAGAUGUCGCUUGUCACAUCUUAGGUCACCUAAUUAUAUUCUUCUUUUUGGUGUCCUUCUUCUGGAUGAACGUCAUGUGCAUCGACAUGUGGUUGGCGUUUAGCGGAAUGAGGACUGUGUUGAGCAAGCAGACGGCCGAGAGGAAAAGGUUUAUUAUAUACUGUGUGUACGCCUGGGGGGUGCCCACGAUACACACUAUCAUCGUGUUUUUGAUCAACACCUACGGCGACCCGGAUGCUAGUUAUUAUCCGGGAAUAGGGAAAAGGCGGUGCUUUUUAGGAGAGGAAUUGCCGACGUUUUACUACUUCUAUUUGCCGAUGGCCAUCCUGAUAGGGAUCAAUAUAAUUUUAUUUAUCGCCACGACCGUUCGAAUACAGAGGAUCAAAAGGGAGACGAAGAUGCUGAAGCAUUCGGAAAGUAAACGACACUCUUACGAAGACGACAAGCAAAAGUUCAAUUUGUAUUUGAAAUUGAUGUUCGCCAUGGGCGUGAAUUGGACGAUGGAAUUGGUUUCCUGGGCCGUGGAUUGGAAGGUGAAGGAAACUCCGACGUUUGUUUGGUAUUUGACGGACUUCACUAACGCCAUGUACGGUUUGCUGAUAUUCAUGAUAUUCGUGUUCAAGAAGAAAAUCUGGAAGUCUUUGCAGAAAAGGUACUACGUAUUCGUUGGAAAGCCUCAUCUCGCUCACACCAUGACCCAAUCAUCUGGCCUGGGCACGCGCACCAGCAAUUACUCGACGACGGAAACGAACCUAAACUCCGACUACAGGCUCAACGAAAUGAGGAACAGCAAACCGGAGGAAUCCGGCCUCACGGCGGCCUAAUCUCCAGCCCUUUUAGGUCCGGGCUUGCGUUAUCAAUGCGAUCAUUGUGCCAUAUAUUCUAAUGUAUCAGAGCCAAAGAUAAGUUGGUGCUUAACGUCGGUAAACGUAAAUUCGAAUAAUUAUUUGUAAUUUUGUGUUGUUUUUUUUUGUUUUCAACGGCAGGACCGUGCCUCGGCGAUCGAGUAAUUCAGCCAAUAGUCAGGGCGGUGAAGUUUUUAACGGUCGGUUAUUACAGGUUUUUAAACGAAUUUAAAUUUACUGCGAUUUGUUUUAUUUUUAUUCAAUGUUGCAUGUACUUGAAAAUAUGUUUUUUUUUUGUGUUAGUGUUUCAAUUUUUCUACAAGAAAAAUUUAUUGUUUAAGAAUGUUUGGUAUACACUCAGGUUUUAUUCGAUAUACAUACAUAUGUAUUCACAUUUUUAUAAUUUGCUUCAUAAAAAAGCUACACUAUUUAUUCGCUUCAAAAAAUUCUAGCUUAGUAAUUUGAAUGUAAUCGAAUUUUGUCUAAUUCUACAUGUGCUUGUAAACAAUAGUGUUCGACCCGUAUAAAUUUCAAUUUUUCUGAAAUAAAUUUCUUAUAAUCUUA